ACUAAGUAGUUGAAGUCCCUCGCUGUGGCAGAAUGGACUGGCUGAACUUGUAUCGAGAUGUGCUCUGACAGAAUAUGUGGCUGUUUGUGAGUGUGUUGUGUUGUAAAUGUGUGUGUGUGUGUGUGUGUACACUUGAACCCAAGACACAAUGGCUGUAAAUCGAGUGUCUCAACUUUGCCAUGAUAUCACUAGGCUAUGGUUGCAGCUGAAGAUGAUGACAGAUGGCAUUGUGCAGAGGGAGGAUGGCCCCCUUUUUGCAGCAGAAAUCGGCUCUGAACUCCAGAAACAGUUUGCCGUUCUGCCAGGUGGGCGUGGACUGAAUGGCUGCCCCGUCAUUGUCUUCCCAGAAUUCCCAGGGUUCAGCGAGCUGGAGGAGGAGGAGCUCCACAAUGUCCUUACCUACCUCACCAGCAUCCCCAGUGUUGCAGCAUCAAGAGUGGGUUUUAUCCUGGUCAUCGACAGACGACUGGACCGAUGGGCCUCUGUCAGGGCUACCCUGCUCCGAAUCGCAGGCUCAUUUCCAGGGAACUUGCAAUUGGUUCUGGUUUUGCGCCCCACCACUUUGUUCCAGCGGACUCUGUCAGACUUCUUGUUCAAGUUCAACAAGGAUGAGUUCAAAAUGAAGGUUGUGAUGCUGAGUUCGGUGACUGAGCUCCAUGCUUAUAUCAACCCAGGACAACUGACCACAGAGUUGGGAGGAACAAGGGAAUAUUGCCAUGACAGCUGGAUCUCACACCGCACUGCAAUCGAGGCCUUUGCCCUCAUGGUGAAGACCACGGCUCAGACUCUGCAGGCGUUUGGCACCGAGCUCGCUGAAACAGAAUUACCCAAUGAUGCUGAGGCCACUACCAACCUGCUGCACACACAUACACUGAAGAAGGACAAAAUGAAGGAGGACCUACAGGUGGCACUGUCCCAAGGCAGACGACUGUUGGACUGCAUCAAUGAACCCCUCCAAACAGACGCUGAAUACAGUAUGACCCAUGAUGAGCUGGAGAAUGUGGCUACAGUACAGAGACUCCUUGGUCAGCUGGACGAAACAGAGACAGCAUUUGAUGAUUUCUGGGAGCGUCAUAGAAGUAAGCUGGAACAGUGUUUGCAGCUGCGCCUUUUUGAACAGCACUUCCGUGAAGUGCGCACCGAGCUUGAUGUGACAUCAGAGAGGCUGUCGGGUUUCUCAGAGGUCAGCGUAAACCCUGCCCAUGCUGAACAUGUCCUGCGAGAGCUCAGCAGCCAUGAGGACAAGGCUUUUGACAUCCUGGACCAUGCCCUGUCCCUGGCCUGUGACGGAGAUAGGCUGAUAGAGAACUCUCACUAUGCUGAGGACUCCAUCAGGCCAAAGUGCAGUGAGCUAAGGGGAGUGUGUGAAGAGAUCAGCUCCACACUGAGGAGAAAGAAAAAACUGCUACUCAAAGCAAUGGAGCUUCACCACGCUCUGGAGAAGGCAUCACAGUGGUGUGAGGAGGGCAUCUUCCUGUUGGCCAGCCAGCCUGUAGAUCGCUGCCAGUCUCAGGAUGGAGCGGAAGCAGCUCUGCAGGAACUAGAAAGAUACCUGGACACAGCAGCAUUACACACCCUCACUGACCAUGGCGCCAUCUGUUGCCAGUACGAGGCAGUUCUCACCACACAGCUCAGGGACCAGGUAGAAAGAGUUUUCCAUAAGCAAACCUCUGUCCAGGAGAUGUUCGAGAAGAGACGCAUCAGCUUGAAGAAACUCGCCGCCAAACAGACUAGGCCAGUCCAGCCAGUCGCACCAAGACCUGAAGUGAAGUCUCCACAUUCCUCUCCCAAUCUACAGAGAAAAGAGAGGAGAAACUCUGCAGAUAAUGCAAUCUGCAAAAAGGUGGAGUCUUCGAUACAUAACGUUGGCACCAGACACACCUCUCUGUCAGGAGAAGAAGAAAACCUGGCAGUGCUUAGGCGUCAUGUGAUGAAUGAACUGCUGGAGACAGAGAGGGCAUAUGUGGAGGAGCUACUGUGUGUGCUGGAGGGCUAUGCAGCAGAGAUGGAUAACCCUGCCAUGGCUCACCUCAUCCCCAGUACCUUACUCAGCAAGAAAGAUGUCCUCUUUGGCAACAUGUCUGAAAUCUACCAAUUUCAUAAAAGGACUUUCCUGAAGGAACUGGAAGCGUACACUGACUGCCCUGAACUGGUGGGGCGCUGCUUUUUAGAACGUAUGAAGGACCUGCAGAUCUAUGAGGCGUACUGCCAGAACAAACCUCGCUCUGAGAGCCUGUGGAGACAGUGCUCCGAUUGUGCCUUCUUCCAGGAGUGUCAGAAGAAGCUGGAACAUAAACUUGGUUUGGACUCCUACCUCCUUAAACCUGUCCAGAGAAUCACCAAGUACCAGCUACUACUGAAGGAGUUGUUGAAGUACAGUAAAGGCUGUGACAGCUGUCAUGACCUUCAAGAAGCUCUCUCCUCGAUUCUGGGGAUCCUGAAAGCUGUAAAUGACUCCAUGCACCUCAUCGCCAUCACAGGAUAUGAGGGUAACCUGUCAGAGCUUGGUCGUCUGCUGAUGCAAGGAUCCUUCAGCGUGUGGACCGAGCACAAAAAGGGUCAUGCCAAGGUCAAGGACCUGGCCCGGUUCAAGCCCAUGCAGAGACACCUUUUUCUGCAUGAAAAGGCGUUGCUCUUCUGUAAAAAGAGAGAGGAGAAUGGCGAGGGCUACGAGAAAGCUCCGUCUUACAGCUUUAAACACUCCCUCAGUAUGAGUGCAGUGGGUAUAACGGAGAAUGCUAAAGGAGACAACAAGAAGUUUGAAAUCUGGUGUAACUCCAGAGAAGAAGUUUUCAUAGUCCAGGCUCCUAAUCCAGAGAUUAAAACAGCAUGGGUGAACGAGAUCCGCAAAGUUCUGACGCAGCAGCUCAAAGCCUACAGAGAUGCCAGUCAACAGAAGAGCUUAGACUCCCCGAGUCCCUCCAGCAACAUCACCUCCAACUCACUCAGUCCUUUUCGUAGCAGCGGUCAGAAGAACCAGAAGAAACAAGACGAGAAGAAGGUGGAGCCAGGCCUAACCUUAGACGCAAACACCUCAUCCUCACCAAAACACAAAGAGGAACAAGUGACCAGUCCGACCACUGACAGAUCCUCAGUGGCUAAAAAGCGUUUUACUUUGCAGGGCUUCAGCAAUCUCAAGAGUCCAAAAGGCUCCGCCUUGUGCCCUGAACAUGGCUCCAAACAGCACUUGGUCAAGAGUGAUCCCACACCAUUUGGGUUCAAAGGAUGGAGCAAGGUGUCUCUCUCUGUUGAUGCCUCAGAGGAGAAUGAUGGCUACUCCAGCGGCGAGGAUCCCAUGAACUCUGACCCUGAGGAUGAAGUAGGAAAGAAGCUGGCGCUGGGAAAGUACACUGUGGUAGUAGACUGUGAGAAGGCGGGACCUCAGGAGCUGUGUGUCAAGAGUGGAGAUGUGGUCCAGCUAAUUAGAAAAGGAGAAGAUGGGCAGUGGUUUGUGAGGAAUCUUCGCAGCAGUAAGGAGGGUUGGGUUGCAGCGUCAAACCUCCUCAGCCUCAUCUCAGGGUCCAAGUCAACACAGUCACUCAGCAGCUCAGAUGGCAGCGUUUCUGGGAAUCUUAGCACAUCUUCCAGCUGCAGUGAGACCUACACCAGCUUUUCUGACAUCAAACCCUGACCUGAGAGCAGCACUCGCUCUGUCCCUCAACACAGAAUCAAUUGCAGGUGGAGUCACAGAACCUGAAGCUGACAGGAGGACACACAUACACCACUGCUCACAACCAAAAAGCAGAACAUCAUUGUGUCUGCAGAUGUUAAAAAGGGUUAUGAAAAGCCAUAUUAUACUCUCAUUUACACUCAAAAACAAGAAUAGAAUUGAUCAUUCCAGGGACAGAAGAUUCAAAUAAUAAGUUCCUGAAUGUGCAAUCACCUCCUGUCAGGUUUUUAAACACCACACCCACCUAUGUGAUUAUGUAGCAUUGAAACGAAUUCAAAUAUCUGCACUAAACAUGAGGUGUCAAGAUUAUCAACAAGGAAUUGUGUACACUGUGAAAACUGGCAGCUGGCUGCAACACACAAAAAGAAAAAAAAAACUUUCCUACUAUCAUUGAGCAGCGCAAAGGUUCAGGGCAUGUAGUUAGAAGUAUUUUUUUCUCUCUUUUUUAUGUUUAAUCACACCAAUUGUUAAAGGUCCAGUGUGUAAGAAUUACUGACAUCCAACAAGAGGACCCCUCUGCUCACUCCACUUUUUUUCAAGCACAUCAAGGAACUACGGUGGCCCUCACAUACCAGUAAAGAUGUCAUUCUUCUUUGCUUGCAUUGUAAGCUCCAGCUUUAAAAUGCGAAAUGUACACACUGGCUCACUUUGGAUGUUGGGCUUCAGUUGAAACAGGGUUUGGCAAAAUGUUGGCCUCCAUAGAGCAAGGACAACAUUUUAUAUAAAGCACACACAAAAGGCUUAUUCUAAGGUUACAAAUUUAAAUGUUUAUAAACAUGUGCGUCCAUUUACCAUUAAACUCACUUAAAUGUUACACACUGGCCCUUUAAAUUCCUGAGGCCUGUGGUGUCAAAGCAGUGGGCUUUUGUUAAAGGUACAGUGUGUAAAAUAUAUCAAAUCAAUAACUAUCAUCUCACUCUUCUCUUCCAAGUGUGUUGUUGAACCUAUGUAGCCUUCACUUAGCAUCAAGAGUGAAAAGAAGUUUAGUUUGUCCAUUCUGGCCUACUUUAAAAACACGGAGAUACAAAACCGCAGCCUCCAUUGAGCUGACCUGCCUUCUGAUUAGGGGUGUCACAAUCUCGAUAAAACGAGUAUUGAUUGAAAUGACGUCACAAUCACGAUCUUUGCUCGAAAGCAAAGGGUGGAAUCAAGGAUUUAACCACGCCCCCAGUGUGUCUGGCCAGAGGGGAAAAACACAGUGUUGUGGUUGUAGCCAUUGAAACACAACUUCACGUUAUCUCAUCCCACUAACCCGAAGCGGCUGCCAACUACUAGCAACCACAGCAAAAACACAUCAAGCUAAACCCCCCCCCCCCCCCAUCACUGUUGUGGAAAUAUUUUGUGUAUCCCGUGAGCCCUUACAUCGACAGUGCAAACGUUGUCAACCAGUAAACGCAUGUUAUGCUCAUGUAGCAAAGCACAUCUCUGCAUGCAUCAUAAGGACGUAGACGUAACUAUGAAAACAACUCUGUUAACAAAGGCAACUCUUCCGUCCUCAUUUGAAGAAAAAAUCCAAAAAAAUUAAACUCAAAGCCAUAACUAGGGCCAUAGGUGUGUUUGUAGCAUCAGACAUGCAACCUUAUUCAGCAGUGGAAAACCCUUAAUUCCAGCAUUUAAUUAGCGUACAAAAUACUAAGCAGGUCGCAUCUUACUAGAAAAGGCGUUACCUUUCAUGUAUGAUAGAAAGUUAUUGCAGGACUGAGCAGUGGAGAUUUAGUGGCCUUAACAACAGAUUGCUGGACCUUCAGAGCAAUACAGACCUACAUGACUCCCCCUUUUUACAGUUAGUUUCCAGUUGACGUUCAUAUUUUUAAUAAAUUUGUCAAUAAGGCCUUAGUGAUUUACUAACAAAUGCUUGACAUUAUAUCACUCAUGAUACCAUGUAAUUAAUCAAGAUGGAAUUAUUAAUAAUUCAUUGAGUUAUCAUGACAUAAAACCAAUGAUCCUAGACAAAACUAGACAAGUCUAAAAAUGGCUGCAGCAUAUAGCAUCUGCACUAAAAGAGAAAAAAUGGAUCGAGAAUUAAAUUGAAUCCUGAGAUUUGGAGAAUUGUGACACCCUUACUGCUGUUAUAGAUAUAUUUAUGUAAAAGGCUCAUUUUAGAAUAUUAAAAAACAACAGUUCAUACAAACACUUGACUGCACACUUACAAAAAAAUAAGUUUAAUUUAAUUUGAAAUUCAAUUUUUGACAAAUGAAAAUAAUUUCACCCAAAUUUUACACACUGGACACUUAAAUGAUGUAUUCAUGCAAUUUUUUUUUAACGAGUGCUUCCCCUAACUCUUUUUUCGUGGUAAUUUACUACAAAAAACAGGAACCAACACCACCACCUAGUGGUAAACUGUUUUGCACUUCUCCUGCUACACUUGCAAAUCAGCUCCAAAGUGAGCAGCAGCUUGAAACAACUUAUUUCUUGAUGUAACUUGUCUCUGAACUACUCUGGAUUUAUUUCUCAGGAAGCCCAAGACGUUGUGUGGGAAAGCAGGUGUGACUGCAUACCUGCUGAUGUCGACUAAACCUCUUUGUUUGUGUUUGUGUUUGCAUUCUUGCAUUUUUAUGUAGCUUGGUGCAAGGUGUAUGUCACAAACCUCCCAGAAAGGCUGUUAAACCAAGACAUAUAUUACAUGUGGUCAUUAUUAUUACUUGUGGUUACCAGUGGUUUAAAGCUCCAACCCAAGAUUGACAAAACCUGGCCAGACCAGUCCAGUAGACACAACAAUACAUUUAUAUUCCGUUUUCGUGACUUGGCUGUUCAGCUCACCUACCUGGACUCUGCACUGCACCAACAAAAGCAGGCUUUGUCCUUAUCCUCAGCUCCCAGCCCCGCUGAGGCAUGUGACAGUAGCCACUCUCCUCCCUCUCUCUACAAGCAGGGCUGACCAAGAUCGAGACCUGCUCAACAUGUUUGUUCCACCAUUCCAAGAGCAAUAUGUGCUUACUCAACACCGUACUGUAGCUGAGUAAUCGUCAUGGUAGAGCCAAUUAAAACGUUAGACAAAAGUCUAACUUUGGGUGUGAAUUACACACCAGUGUGGCCCUGAUUGACCAUGUUGGGCCUUGUAGUGGAAAUGAGAAUAUUGGUGAUAGGUUGAUAGCGCUCUGUUGCCAACCUGCACCUUUUAUCACAUAAUUUGUGCUGUUCUGAAAACUUAAUUACAUCCUUGUUUUUAAUCAUUGAAGCACGAUCAUGUUGCACCAAAAGCAGCUACACUCACCCACCACUAGGACUGCUGUAUUUGUCAAAGCCAUGCUGAACACGAUUGUGGAAUUGUUUAAUCCCACUCUAGCUACGAUUGGUGCUCAUAAUUGUUUUUGUCAUUUUGAAAUGCAUGUCCACUCUAGGAAAUGAUCAUUCAGUGUCAAACUGUGAGGUAAUACACUGUGGCUGUUUUUAUGUGCUCAUGUAAGUCGUGAAUUUUACACUUGUACAGAUGUGUCCUCCCUUUACUUCACAUUGUUUUCCUAAGGAGCAUGUAUACCAUGGUGAGGAUCAUGUCUUUGUCUGUAAAGCAUUGCUUUUCUUGGCAUGUAAUUCCUCAGUUCACGUCAGAGCUUUGAAUCGGGCAGGUAUUUUUUUUAUUAGGCACUGUUGUAUAUUACAAGAGUAUUUAUUUUCUGCCUUCUUAUGAAAGCUGACACGGGCACUAAACAUGUCAGUGUUGUAAUUUGUGAUCACACAAUAAAAUGAAUGCAUUAUUUGUAUUUGUAUUUGUGUGUGGACAGUGGAGAGAUCAGAGGGGUUAUAUAUAUUUUCUUCAUUUUUAUGCAGCAUAUUGCAGCACAACCACUGCCCUUAUUUCCUAUUGUAUAUCUACUGAAUAUGGUGUUGAUACUGACAUUAUAAUGAGACAUAUCCGUGUAUAUUUGUAAAUAUGUAAUUCUUAAUUGUAUGUAAAUUGAAAAGCAACUUUAAUAAAGUCUGACAUGGUUUCCUCU